AUGCCAAUUAGACAAGCCGCCAAAAUGGCCACCAUCGCCGUCGCCGACAUCCCGACCGUUGAGCUUCUGUAUAAGCUCGGUAAGCUCUCAGCACCCACGAAAUCCCUUCAUCCACCCAAUGCGUCACACAACCAAAAGGUUGGCGUCAUUCGCGGCGACAUUACGAAGCUUGGCGUCGACGCCAUCGUAAACGCCGCCAAUACCAGCCUUCUCGGCGGCGGUGGUGUGGAUGGUGCAAUUCAUCGCGCCGCCGGCCGCGGUCUGCUGCAAGAGUGCCGCACCCUCAACGGCUGUGCCACCGGCUCUGCCAAAAUCACCAACGCCUAUGAUCUCCCUUGCAAGAAAGUCAUUCACGCAGUCGGCCCUGUCUACGAUGAGCUAUCACCUGGGUCGUCCGAGGAGAAACUGAAGGGCUGCUACCAGACCAGCUUGGAGCUCGCUGUCCAGAAUGGUUGCCGCAGCAUCGCCUUCAGCGCUAUCAGCACCGGUGUAUACGGUUAUCCAAGUCGUGAGGCUGCACCAGUGGCUGCUGGUGUUGUGAGAAAGUUCCUAGAUGGCGAGAAUGGCAAGAAGCUAGACAAGGUUGUGUUCUGCACUUUCGAAAUGAAAGAUGUCAAUGCCUACAACGCAACCCUUCCGAAAUUCUUUCCUCCUAAUGACAGUACGGCCGCUGAUGGAGAAGUCUCUGAUGGCCCCUCCAAAGAGGAGACUGAAGAGGCCAAGGCAGUGGCUGCUGAGCUUCCCAGCGUCCCCAAGGGCGACCCUUCUUCAUAA